UUCACAGUCGUGAGCAUGUCUCGGCAGGGUGCUAUGCGCCGUGCCAUCUGCAGGCACACGGACAGCCUCCCGGCCACAGGAAGCCGCGCAGCAGUGCACUGGGCAUUUGUUUUUCUGGGAACGCCUCCCCACCACGCUGAAGCAGAGAACAAUGGUGUUCUUGUGCAGGCAGCACAGCUGCCGAAAUUCAACAAGAUCCAAGCUAAGAAAGCAGAAGCAGGAUGGGAGUCUCAGCUUCUGGAAACAGGGUUCCUGGGGAUUUUCCUGUGCCCUCUUUGGACUCUGUCUCGACUACCCAGGAAGACCCCUACAUCCCGGAUUGUUCUGUGGGGCUUUCGGUGGCUGAUUUUCAGAAUCAUGCUGGGAGCGGGUCUGAUCAAGGUCCGGGGGGACCAGUGCUGGCAAGACCUCACCUGCAUGGACUUCCACUACGAGACGCAGCCGGUGCCCAACCCCGUGGCCUACUUCCUGCACCGGUCCCCGUGGUGGGUCCAUCGCUUUGAGACGCUCAGCAACCACUUCCUGGAGCUCGUGGUGCCCUUCUUCAUCUUCCUGGGACGGCGGAUGUGCAUCCUUCACGGCGCCUUGCAGGUCCUGUUCCAGGUGGUCCUCAUCAUUAGCGGGAACCUGAGCUUCCUGAACUGGCUGACCAUUGUUCCCAGUGUCGCCUGCUUCGACGAUGCCGCCAUAGGGUUCCUAUUUCCCUCUGGGCCUGGUGGCCUCAAGGACCAAGUCCUGAGGAUGCAGAAGGAGGAAGCCCGGGAGGCCCGGCCUGCGCUGACGUUCGGCUGUGUGGUGCGACAGACGGCCAACCUGGCACUGGGCAUCCUGGUCGCCUGGCUCAGCGUCCCUGUGGUCCUCAACUUGCUGAGCCCCAAGCAGGUCAUGAACAGCUCCUUCAACCCCCUCAGAAUUGUCAACACAUACGGAGCCUUUGGAAGCAUCACCAGGGAGCGGACAGAGGUCAUCUUGCAGGGCACGGCCAGCCCCAAUGCCAGCGCACCGGACACCGUGUGGGAGGACUAUGAGUUCAAGUGCAAGCCAGGUGACCUGAGGAGACGGCCAUGUCUCAUCUCCCCCUACCACCACCGCCUUGACUGGCUCAUGUGGUUCGCGGCCUUCCAGACCUACGAGCAGCACGAGUGGGUCAUCCACCUGGCAGGCAAGCUCCUGGCCAACGAUGCCGAGGCUCUGUCCCUGCUGGCCCUUAACCCCUUUGCGGACAGGGCCCCCCCCAGGUGGGUCAGGGGAGAGCACUACAGGUACAAGUUCAGCCGCCCUGGGGGCCUGCACGCUGCAGAUGGCAAGUGGUGGAUCCGGAAGAGGAUUGGCCCCUACUUCCCUCCGCUCAGCCUCCGGGACCUGAAGGACUACUUUAGAUCACGGGACUGGCCGCACCCAGAAGUGGAAUAGAGGGGCCUAGGCCCUGUGCCCUGAGCAAUAAAGUGGGAGGACAUUGGCACCCCAGCACAGCCGCCUGCACUCUGACGUCCAGGAGAGCAAACCAGCAGGCGGGGUGGAGUUGUGGGUCUGCUGGGAUCCUGACUGGUCAUCUGCUUUAUUUUUUAAGAUUUUAUUUAUUUAUUUUUUAGAGAGGGGAAGAGAGGGAGAGAAGCAUCAGUGUGUGGUUGCCUCUCACCCACUCCCUACUGAGGACCUGGCCCACAACCCAGGCAUGUACCCUGACUGGGAAUCGAACUAGCGACUCUUUGGUUUGCAGGCCAACGCUCAGUCCACUGAGCCACACCAGCCAGGGCAUGUUUUCUCAUCUUCCACAAUUGGUCCCAGGCAAGUCAGAAGGCUCCCUGCCCCACCACACCCCUAGAUGGGACCAGGGUGUCCCAAGAGAGCUCUGGUUGAUCUGGGACCACCAGCACCCAGUACACAGAGCCUUGGUUUCUCCCAUUGGCCUUGGCCUUAGCCUUGGCCUGGCUGGGGACAGGGUCCCCUCAGCAUCCACAGCCAGGCCCGUACCCCUCAGCAGCACGCCCCUGCUGUGUGCCUGGUAUGGCCAGGAGGAAAAUCUCAGUCCCUGCCUCUCCGCCGCAUGUCCAGGACGGGCGCUGAGCCUGGGAGAAGCCAAGGCUCCCAGGCCCCACUCGUGCCCGCUCCCUCCUCGGAACCCCCACAAACCACACACGUCCCUCCAGGCUGACCCGGGCCCUGCUUCCGUCUCCAGUGACCAGUGUCCACACACCGUUCGUGCCCCCCUGGGUGGGCUGCCCCCGCCAGACCCUGAGUAAAGUGCCCCCAUGCUCCUUUGUGGCCAGGUCCCCCAGUCACACUGCAGAGCCUCCCGCUCCCUGGCCUGCUGAGUGAGGGGACAGCAGAGUGCUCCACCUCAGCCUGGGUGCCAGGGUGGCAGUUCUGAGGCCCAUUUAGCAGAAGCUAAGCUGCAUUAAUUUUUGCUUGGCAAGCCUGGGUCCCCACUGCAGUGAAACCCAGGGUGCAGCCCAGAAUCCUCACCACAUGACGGGAGCUGUCAGUCAGUGGGGUUGCAUCCUGCCAGACAAGCCAGGCACCCAUGGCACUGCUCUAAACCUGGUCGGCCAGGCUGAGGGAUCCCGAGGAGGCUGGGUCCGGCCCCACCCAGGAGACAGCAGGUCAGGGGUGCCAGGCAGCCCUCCCUGCUCCCCUAGCCUGGCAAGUGCCAGUGGGGAUGGCCACCCACCCCUUCCUCCCGCCCCAGCCCUGCCAGCCCAGGGAACCUGGCCAUACUGCGGAGAGCUCCAAGAGAGGUGGGUACAAAUGCAAGUCUGUGUGGAACAGACCCCCUCCCACCAGGGGGCCCAGGCACCGACAGAGAGGCAGUGUCCCUGCUCUCGGGGAACAGGCACCCUGUGUCUACAGCAGGGCAGGCCAGGCCGCAGACGCAGAGCCUGGAGCCAGCGGGGCUGCCCGCGGCUGCCAGCCACCAGCCACCGCCUGGGCAGCCAUCCUGGGGGCUCUGCCAGUGGGUGGGGGCGCCAGAGGGCCUGAAGAGACCCUGUACCUUGGCUCCAGUGGGUCUCCACACCCCUGCCCAGAACCUCGGGUGCCUCCCUGCCAGGAGCCAUGAUGCCCCCCCAUCCUCUCUGCCCCUGGGCUCACUGCCACAUGACCCAGCAUCAUAGACUGAACUCUCUGGGUCUCCAUCCAUCUUUGUCCCCAAAGCCUUCCGAGCCCCCUGUGAUGCUCACGGGAAGGGAUGGUUAGGUCAGUGGACAGGGCUAGAGCCAGCAGCAGUGUCAUAGGCAGUCCCUUGCCUCAGGAGCCAAACAGCCCCAUCCCCAUCGUGGGACGGGACAAACAUCCAUCUACCCAGGUAUCACAGGCCACUCCAGGGCCAGCUUUUGAGGGCGCAGUGGCCAGAGUGAGCCUCCACCUUCCAACCCAGGAGGAGCCAGCAGACCUGUUCUCCCACAGCCUCUCCUUCCACAGACUCAGUUGCCCCCGACACCCACUGAUCUGUCAGCAGCUUUUGGAGCCUCUCCUGAGGCCACACCCUCCCAUCAAAGCGAGCCAGCCUGAACCCUUCCUCACCUCAGCAGCCUGCCACAGCGCCACCUCCCUCAGCAGGACACUGGGGUCACUGCCCCUUGCCUCAGCCGCACCCUGCAUCCUCCCCAUUCCUCACACCCGCCAGCGGAUCAGGCCUUGGGGGCCCACACCCCUCAGGGUUGCCUCACCCUACCCUCGCCGGACCCCAGGCUGCUCCUAGUCAUGCUCUAGACUAGUGGGGAUGUUGGCCUGGUCCCCCAGUGCCAAGUGGCACCCAAUUCAGGUUUGCUGCAUAAACCAUCCACCCAAUGACAGAAAAAGGCCCAAACACUGUUUGUAUCUGCCCCUCCCAACAUUGCCUUCCCUCCAGCCUCAUGAGAAUCUGUUGAUUCUUGGUCAGCCCUAGAGAAACUUCUAGAGCAGAGGGCGUGUUCUAGGACAUGAGGCAGGGGGUUAUUACCUCACCUUCCCUCUAACAGCCAAGUCCGGGAGAAAGAGGGUACGUUCUUCCCUCCCUCUCUGCCCUGCCUGACAGGAAGCACAGCAUCUGUUGGAAACUGAAUGGGCACCGAACUCAGGUGGACAUGCCCGUGUUGGACCACCUGUGCCACUGCCUUCUCCCAGGACCGUCAGACUUGGGACCCUGGACACCAAGGUACCCUCCAUCAGGGUUGCUGGCGUCUGGAGCAGCAGGCUUAGCCCAGGGCCUGGCCCAGGGAGGACUCACGCUGCACAUGAGGCGAGGUGUCUGCAAGCCUUCACCACACCAAAGGGGCUCAGCGUCUUAGUUGCCGCAAUGGUUUUUCACUCACUCAAAGACGAUGAAGUGCAUUCUGGCACCUGCUGGGUCAUGAGUAUGCUCCCCUGAGCCCUGCUCAGGACACAGUCAUCCUCAGGGGUUCAGUUCCAAAGCCACUAGGGAAAGUGGAUCUCAGUGUAUCAGCGAAUCAACCUUCAAAACUCCCAAUCGAUGAAAUUGGCAAACCUUUAGCUUGACUGACAGAGAAGAUGCAAACGACUAGAUUUUUUUAAAGAUUUUACUUACUUUUAGAGAAAGGGGAAGGAAGGGAGAGAGAGGAAAAAAACAGAUGUGUGAGGGAAACAUCAAUCAGUUGCCUCUCACAGGCACCCCAUCCAGAGACCAGGCCCGAAACCCAGGCAUGUGCCCUGACCAGGAAUCAGGCUGGAGACCUGCUUUGUGUUACCAUGCCCAACUGAGCCACUCCUGUCAUAGCAAAUAACUAGGAUUGUAGAAAGUAGGGCAUUACUAUCAACCUU